GGAAUAAGGCUAUUUAUAGCAUAACUAGGUUACACGUUUAUCUAAAUUCAAGCAAUAUUGCUGAUUUAUGAUGUACCAUUAUGCACAGUCGCAUACUGCAUAUUUGCAUUUCAUUUAUGCGAAUUUACACAAGUUAUAAAAAAUAUAUAACCAUGAAUUUUAAAAGUACUUUUAUCUUUAAUGCAAUUACAAAAAACGUCGACAAUUACAUUAACCGAUAGUAAAUAAUUUAUUUGUAUGUAAUUGACUGCGUGUUUGUUUGACUGAUGUAUGAAAUCACUAACAUUAUGCAAUAUAUUAUAUUUUUUUUAGUAUUUAUUGUACUAAUCAAAGAAACAAAUUUUCCCCAUCAUGCUGACCAGGAGUCUCUAAUCUUCCUUUUUAUCCCGAGGAGAAUCUAGACAGUCUUAACUUCUUCGACAGUCUCAAUCCUUACCAGAAUAUGAAUUUGGACUACCGUAACAAGAAUCCUUACGCCAUUCCCGCGAACAUCAACCAUAGAAUGAUGCCGGAGUACUUCGAAAACUUAGCUCCCUACGUACCACCGCACUCUGCUGUUACACAAAACCAACCAGACAAGAGAAAUGUUAACUACGUACCCUACAACAAGAAACCUGUAGUGUUCAAAGAACAGAUGCCACAGAAACAGCAACCGCUAGCUUUCACUAUAGACAUGGGAAAGAAACCUAUACAAUCUAAAGUAUUUAAUAGACUGUUCCCUGUUAAUCCACACGAAGACAAAGAAAACCCACCGAAAGUGCCGCCUCGUAACUUCCAUCUAAAUUUAACUGAGAAACCUCAACCUAAAUUACCAAAACCUAAUUCCAGAAGUAUAUUUAAAAACUACAAAUCUUGUCCCGUGUCCCCCGUGUCAGAAGAAUGCAAAUGGGCGGAUAAAGUUGUUCAAAACAAUCAAAAUCAAACGAACGUUAAGCCUCAAAAUGCUCCGCCAGAUCCUAAGAAAAGAAAUUCUCUAAGCUUCUUUGUUGGUUUAGAUAACAGAGCUAAAGAAAGCGGUAAAAGUAUAGUUGAUACAAUAAAAAGUGAUACGGAGAAAAUGAUAGCUGAAAUAACGAGAAAAUAUGGCGAUUUGGAUGAAUAUGAACCAAGCAAUCAAAGCGAUUUGGAUCUCCAACCCUCGAAGGAAGUAGUAGAGAAAGACGAUGGGAAUUUCUCCUCAGAUUCUCUGGAAGAUUGCAGUCUGAGUCAAGACGUAAGUUGCAAGAACAAAUUGUAUUCAAAGAAAAUUUGUAAAAAGCACACUAAAGCUAAAGGUAUGCCACGACGCGCUGUAUCUAAUUAUGAAAUAUACGGUGGUACGAUGGAAAAACCUGUGGUACCUGUCAAGCCUCCAUGUAUAGGCCAGAAAAGUUCUACUCUACCAAGAAAUAUGCCAUCGAACAUUGACGAUGUUAUGGAUGAAAAUUAUUCUAUGAAUUUUAAAUACAGUAUGUAUAGAUGUCAAAGUGUACUUACUAAAAGAUGUAUUACUCGUUCAAACGAGUCUGUACUGAGUGACAAUUCUAACUGUUCCAGCGUUUCUAAUGAAAUAUUUUUAAAGUAUGGUAAUGAAGUCGCCUUCCAACAAGCAAAGUAUGAUAGUCGAUAUAAUCUAAAUGACUCACAAAAUUGUUCUUUCGAGAAUCUGAACGAGCCUGAUGAUCAAUAUUUAGAAAAACACAGACAUAGUAGUGCUAGUUUCUUCUUAAAUCAGAAGAAAUAUAUGAAAACAAGUUGUAGUCAGGAAUCUAUGUUAUCUGAUGAAAUGUAUUUAGAAAAUGACAACCAACUCUCAAGGACUAAUUGUAAUUCGCUAGAAAGUGUUCUCUCUGAUGAUUCCGAAUGCACUAAAAGUGCUCCUUUAGAAAUGUUGUUUGAAGGCGCUCGGACUUCUCGACAACCAAAUCACCCAGGUGCAGGAAUGCCUAAUAGUAAAAGUUGCUAUGAAUUUGACAAUAGUUCUAAAAGUUAUGGUUCUAGUCCUAAUAAUGUAUCGUACAUGGGGGGCUACAUGUAUAAUAAUUAUCUUGGUGAAAGUUCUUCGAAUUAUAGAGACAUAGUAGUAAGUCCGAAACCGCCCACCAGUAAAGUUUAUGGCUUUGAUGUACCUGGUGGUGAAUAUUCUGGUCAUAAAACCGUUACGAGAUCAAAAAGUUUAUACGAUUCUACAUCGAAACAAACGCCUUCCUCGGCAAAGAGUGUUGCUUAUUACUUCGAUGGUAAUAAUAUACAGCAGUAUGAGAAGGAGAAAAAAGGAACCGAUGAAAUUCCAAGACUUAAUACUGGUGAUUACAGAGCAAAUACUAGUAAGUCUUUGCAACCAAAGUUUUCCGAAAAACAUAAAUAUAAAAGUGAGAUGGAGGGCUGUGAACAAAAUACUAUGACUAAAUCAAAAAGUUGCAGUUUCGAAGUGGUCUUAGAGCCAGCUUCAAAACCAAAUCCUCUCAAAAAUUUGAUGGAAAAACGCAACUCGCAUGUACAGAAAAAUCUGGAGAAAUUCGAGGAACAAAUUCGUAAAAACGUUCAAACCAAAGUAAACAAAAAUCAAUUAAACAAGGAGAAAGCGAAUGCUGCUAAAUAUAACAACACAACUAAAAGUCUUGAAAGAGGCUCUGGUCCAAAAAAUAAUAAUGUCAAAAUAACUAUGGAGUUUGUUCCACAUAAACCUCCAAAACCAAUUAAACGAACAUCUUCUACUAAGAUGAAUAACAGACUAAAAGCUAGCUUAGAUAAGGGUACACUAAGUUCUUCCAUAUCAUCGCAAUAUAAAGCUAAAUUAGAUGGACUUCAAAAUAAAAAUUAUAAUUGUAAUAAGAAACAAGAAGAUGCCAAUUCAAACAAGGUCGAUGCUGACAGUGCGGAAAAGUCGUUCGAUGUUUUUGUCAAAGAGAAAGAUAUAAACGAAAACAAAUCAGAAAUGCAGAUGGACAGUUUAGAGGUUUUCGCAAUUCAAAGAAUGGAGAGACUUCAGCAUGUCAGCAUGGAUUCCCUAGACGUUAUUGAAGAUAGCCAAAAUGAAUUUUCCAAAGAUUCAUUAGAUUAUUUUUCGGAACAAGAUAAGAAGAAGAAUAUCAUCAAAGCUUCUAAGAAUCAGACGAAUCGAAGAAUUUCUUCAAGAGUUGACUGUGAAGGUCCAUCACACAGUAGACAAAAUACUGAAGCGAAAGAAAAUAUUGCACCGUCAGAUACAAGUGAUGAAGUAAAAAAAUAUAAAUACAUAGAGCGAAAAUUGGAAAUUAUUAACAAAUUAGUCGAAAUGGAGGAACGGAAGAUACUGCAAGAGAAAAUACUAAAGGAAUGGCGCAUGAGACCCUUGAAAGCUAAUAUAAAUGAUGGUAAAGGUGUAGUUAAACUUUUAUCAAGGAAAUUUGAAAAGCUGGCGACGAAACAAAACACUGUAUCUGAUUUUGCUUCACUUACACUAGAAGAAGUCGAUACUGACACCGACACGGCAUCAGAAAAUAAAGAAAUAAAGCGAAAUUUAAGUUUACCUGAUAUUCUUGACUCGGAUCAAAUCGGGGGUCUAGUUACGGUGGAUAUCGAAGUAAGUAACGAUGCUGGGAACGAAGCUAUAGAAAUCGAUCAUUCAGAUCCUCCACAACUGAAUAACGCAGUUUGCAGCGAAUUGAAAGCAGUUCAAAAGUUUUUGCCCCAACGUGUCUAUAAUGAAAUGGUUAUACCAAAAACGGAUGUGCAUUUAGAUAGUGAAAAUUACGAGUCUUCAACAACAAGUUCUAGUUGUACUAAUUCGCCUAAAAGGUUAUCCAUGUAUGGCUUCAAUAGACCGAAAACUCCACUAAGAAAAAUGUUUCGUAUGCCUGGACCUAGAUGUAGUACUGAAAACCAAAUGUGUACACCUGAGUGUAGAGUGAGGCCGUUGCUUGGUUCCGGGACUGGUGUAAGGAAUUCCGGUCUGUCCAAAAAGUUUCCAUUACACCCUCCAGUUCUGCCGUCGAAAUUUUCACCAGUGCAAGGUUGGAUUCGCAUGUUUGAACGAAUAAUUAGAUGUUGUAACGGUUAUCUUUUUAUUUCGCGCUUUUCAUAAUUGUUUUUCGUUCAAUAUCAAAACAUUUCUCGAAUCCAAUUUUAUUAAAAAUUAAGUAAAUCAGAAUUUGUGAUAUUUUGUGAGCAAUCAAAAAAAUCUGACCUUUUUUGCAGUCCAAUGAUUUUUGCACUGGCAAUCUUCACAAAUCAUCGCAAACGGCUUUAUUGUGUUUAUUUCAGCAUGUGUCGAUCACUGAGUAUGCACGAAACGGUUUCGUAGAUAUAAGUUUGUAGUGUUUGCUUAAGUCACGAUAAUCUGAAAAUUUUAAAACACUGAAUAUUUGACGUGAUUAAAGAUUUUAGAGUUUAGUUGUUAUGAGAUGGUUCAGAUUAUGGUAGCUGAUUGCAUGUGACUUACAAUUGACCGGUGUG